ACGGGCUGCCUGCAACAGAUUUUCGAGGGCCAUUCGGACUCGGUUCACUCAGUGGCUUUCUCGCCCGACGGCCAGGUGCUAGCGUCUGGCUCCUCGGAUCACACAGUGCGGCUCUGGGACACGGCGAUGGGCUGCCUGCAACAGAUUUUCGAGGGCCAUUCGGACUCGGUUCACUCAGUGGCUUUCUCGCCCGACGGCCAGGUGCUAGCGUCUGGCUCCUCGGAUCACACAGUGCGGCUCUGGGACACGGCGACG